AUGUCAGACUCACACCUCACUUUCUGUUUUCUUUCUUGCAUCCUUGCUCUCAUUGUAAUCUUCAUUUUCAUCAGAAGAAGAAAACCAAGGUUCAAUCUUCCCCCUGGCGAAAUGGGAUGGCCCCUUCUUGGGGAAACCAUUGGGUAUUUGAAGCCUUACCCUGCUAUCACAAUAGGAGAAUUUAUGGAGAAGCAUAUAGCAAGGUAUGGUACAAUUUAUAAGUCAAAGUUGUUUGGUGAGCCAGCCAUAGUCUCAGCAGAUGCAGGGUUGAAUAGAUUCAUAUUGCAAAACGAAGGGAAGUUGUUUGAAUGCAGCUAUCCUAGGAGCAUUGGGGGAAUACUUGGAAAAUGGUCUAUGUUGGUGUUGGUUGGGGACAUGCAUAGGGACAUGAGGAAUAUAUCACUCAACUUUCUCAGCAAUGCAAGGAUCCGAACGCAGCUAUUGAAAGAGGUGGAGAAACAUAGCCUUCUAGUUAUAAGCUCGUGGAAGGAAAAUUGCUCAUUCUCAGCUCAAGAAGAAGCAAAGAAGUUCACCUUCAAUUUUAUGGCGAAACAUAUCAUGAGCUUGGAUCCUGGGAAUCUCGAGACAGAACAAUUGAAGAGAGAAUAUGUCUCUUUCAUGAAAGGUGUGGUAUCUGCGCCUUUGAAUUUCCCCGGAACUGCAUACAGGAAAGCACUAAAGUCUAGGUCCACCAUACUGAAGUUCAUAGAGGGGAAAAUGGAAGAAAGGGCCAAGAGAAACCAAGAGGGAAAGAAAAGUUUGGAGGAAGAUGAUCUUCUAAACUGGGUUUUGAUGCAUUCAAAUCUUUCAACUGAGCAAAUUCUUGACUUGAUUCUGAGCUUGCUCUUUGCUGGCCAUGAAACUUCAUCGGUAGCCAUAGCUCUAGCUAUUUACUUCUUGCCGGGUUGUCCUCGAGCUAUACAACAAUUAAGGGAAGAACACGUAGAAAUAGUCAGAUCGAAGAAGCAAACAGGGGAAGUUGAAUUGACGUGGGAUGAUUACAGAAGUAUGGAGUUUACUCACUGUGUUGUGAACGAAACACUUAGGCUGGGAAAUGUUGUGAGGUUUCUUCACAGGAAAGCUCUGAAAGAUGUUCGGUACAAAGGUUAUGACAUUCCAUGUGGGUGGAAAGUUCUUCCGGUGAUUGCAGCGGUGCAUCUGGAUCCUUCACUUUUUGACCAACCUCAACAAUUCAAUCCAUGGAGAUGGCAGGGCAAUAAUAAAAGUGGAAAUUGUAAAAACACGAACAAUAACUUCAUGCCGUUCGGAGGAGGAACAAGGUUGUGUGCGGGAUCAGAUUUAGCUAAACUUGAAAUGGCUGUGUUCCUACACCACCUCGUUCUCAACUACCACUGGGAACUGGUCGAUGCAGAUCAACCUGUUGCAUACCCUUUUGUUGAUUUCCCCAAAGGCCUAUCCGUCAGAGUCCAAAGCUACAAAACAGAAGGUUUGAAGUAUAUCUCUGAUGUUUUAUAUGUGCCUAACAUUGACCAAAAUUUGCUUAGUGUUGCACAACUUGUGAAAAAGGGCUUCAAAGUCAUAUUUGAAGAUAACUGGUGUUUGAUCAAAGAUGCAAAAGGCAAAGAUGUAUUCAGAGUGAAAAUGAGAUCUAAUAGCUAUGCUCUAAAUAUGAUGGAGGAGGAGCAAAUAGCUUUUUCAAGCACAACCACCAAUGCUGAUCUACGGCAUAAAAGACUUGGACAUUUUCAUCUUGCAAGACUGUUAUACAUGCAGAAACAUGCCUUGGUGAAAGGUGUCUUGAUGCUUGAAGACGAUGCUUGA